UCUUUCAGUGACUUCUCGUCGUGUAGUUUUCCUUCCAAGAACAGAGCAGCUGCCGGAGGUGAGCGAGGUGCACGUCCACCAUGGACUGAGAUCUGAAAACAACCUCUUUUUUCUUUUCUUUUUCUUUUUUUUAAAUCCAAACAGCUGUACCAUUUAACCGAGACUCCAUUUCUCUAACAUCUCCGAGUCUCCCUCAAAGUGACUCUUGGUGAAAUUUACGCAAUUAAAACAGGGACGGUGAAGCCCAGGUCCUGCCCUCAUCCUCUUCCUUGUGCAAUGCCGAAGAGUGACACGUGGCCAGGCGGCGUUGCCAUGGAAUCCUUGAGCAAUAUGGACAGUGCUGGGAGCUGUGACAGUGUAAUCAGCAUGAACUCUGGCUAUAGUGAAGACAGUAUGGAGCACUUAUCUGCAGAAGAGAGGGCCUGCCUCAUGUAUCUGGAAGAAACCAUUGAGGCGCUGGAGGUGCAGGAGGACAGCGGUUUAUCCAACGAUGAACCAGAUCCUGGGUUACAGGCAGAAGAAAUGGGUCGGGCGAAAGUAAAUGACAUUUCCAGUUUCAAGCCUGAUGAGUUUGGAAGAACUGAACCAUGGUCCUCUCCUGUUUCAGCGGCCAACACAUCUUCACUAAACCUCAUUCAACCCACACCUCCAGUCACUGAAUCAGUCGGUGGUUCUAAUAACCCUCCAUCAGCUACUAAGACUGACGAGCUGUGUAUAUCCAUGGAUGAAGAUGGCAAUCCUAAGAUUGUUAGAAGCUCUGAGCUGUGCCCAGUUCAGUCCACUGGGGCCUCUGAAGUAGAUCUGGGUCUGAUCCCUCCACCCUCAGACUUCAUGGAUGAACCACACCCUCCUGCACACUCAGACAAAGUCAAAGACCUUCUUUCAUCUGCUCGGGUAUCCAUUAACAAGCCAGGAGCACCUAUUGACUUGGAGCAGGUACGUAAGAGAGCCUCUGCGAAGAGAACCUCUAUGAUCCAGGAAGCUCCAAACAUGCCCCCACCUGAAGUGUCUCCCAGUCUGAGUCCACCUCCAGUCACCUCUGGCCACCAGAUGAGUCUUCCUCCUGAGGCUGCUGAGCCCAAAAGUCCACCUGCUGUGGCCCCUAAGCCCAAGAAGCUUCCUGCCAACAUUAUUCUGAAGUCACACAGGGCCUUCGGUGCCGGCUCUGACAACCACUCGGGACAUUCAGUCCCCGCUGGCAGUGAUCGGGUGUUGUUGGACCCUCAGAGGGUCCGCAUGGAGGCUCUCCGGAAGCUUGGCCUGCUAAAAAGCGAUGAUGGAGAUUCAGGUCCCGCCCUGAGCCCCAAACAUUCUCCCCAAACGAGAAGAUCAUGGGGAGCAGCUCCUUCUUCUCCAGUAAGCCCGACAGCUCCACAUCCAGUUCCCUUGACACCAUCUAACACCCAGGUCACAAGCCCACCCCCUGCCUCUGUCCCUUCACAGUCUCCUGCUGCUGCGCCACCAUCAGCUAACGCUAUAGCUCCUGAUAUUCUCCCAGCACCUGCUGCGUUCAGUGACCCUGUUGGACCUCUGCUGUCAGAUAAUGAACUAUCUGCUGUCAGAGAUGUCUCAGACACCACAGUUAGUGCCCAGGUGAAUACGCCUCCUUCUACCUCUCCCACCCUGACCAAGAAGUUAACCCCACCCAGGAUCACAGGUGUCAAAUCAGCCACCCUGGAGCGCUCUGGCUUGGGUUUGAGCAGCUAUAUGGCGAGUCAAGACUCCAAUGAGGCCGGUCAGGGUGUCAGUGGUGAGCAAAACCCCAGCCAGCUGCGUAACAGUCGGCCACGCCCGGCCUCUCUGGGAAGCAGGAAGGAGUUUUCAAGUGCUCAGGGAGAGGAUUUGCAGGCAGGCCACAGCAGCAGUCGAGGCCUGCCAGACUCACGGAGGUCCCUGAACGUCCACACUGCCUUCCAGUACUCGGGAGACUCUCAGAAGCUGCCCCGCUCGCAAGGCAUCAGUGUGCUGAUCUGCCCUCGUGCAGAAAACGGGGAGGACCGCCGCGAGGCCCUGAAGAAGCUGGGGCUGCUCAGGGACUAAUGCACUGCCACCACAUCUUAAACCUCACCUAACUGCCACAGACUCCCCUCAGACACUAUAUUUCAUGCACAGUUGAUGAUGGCAUCACAGAGGUUUCGGGAAGCAGCUUAACCAGAUAUUUAUGCAUUUUCCAUUUUACUGCAUUAAGCUACUAUAACAAGAGACUGCCUCAUGUGGCUUGAAUACUUUCAUGCCCACACUUGCAUCUACUUGUUACUGAUAUUGUGCAGCAAUAUGUACAGUGUUUUAUUCCUCAUUCAACUGGCAAUCAAGAAGGUUUUGGAUAUUCCUGACUCUCUCACUGUUGCUGUGGUUUUUGUAAAUUAAAUACUGUUACUUGUAA